AUGAACGCCACCAUCGACUGGAAUUGGAAAAGACCUGUGGGAGUGGCUGCGGAACACCACGGACCUCCAGGACUCACGGCCGCGGGCCAAACGGCGGCCUAUGGUCAAGACGGCAAGUUCAAGAAGAUGUUCGGCUGGGGAGACUUCCAUUCCAACAUCAAGACCGUCAAACUCAACCUACUCAUCACCGGGAAGAUCGUCGACCACGGCAACGGGACUUUCAGCGUGUACUUCCGACACAACUCCACGGGUCAAGGGAACGUCUCGGUGAGCCUAGUCCCGCCCACCAAGAUCGUGGAGUUCGACGUGGCUGCUCAACAAUCCGUGAUCGACGCCAAGGAUUCCAAGUCGUUCAACUGUCGCAUCGAGUACGAGAAGGUGGAGAAGGGAGCCAAGAACACGCUUUGCAACUUUGACCCGUCCAAGACAUGCUACCAGGAGCAGACGCAGAGUCACGUGUCCUGGCUCUGCUCGAAAGCCUUUCAAAGUCAUCUGCAUCUUCAUUUCCUUCUAUAG